UGCCCUUCUGUGCUACUGCAGCCACCCCCCCUCCUCUGCCUCUCUCUGUGAUUCUCUUUCUCUCUCUCUUUCCCCUUACUCAUCUGUUUCUGUGGCUGCACUGAGAGGAAGGGCACCUGCCGCUCCCUGAUGAUUCAGCCUUUCAGCUACUUGGAGCUCCAAAGACAAGACAGCAUGUCCCUCCUGCCACUGCAGUGCCUGCCCGUCCUGUCCUCUGCACUACAGCUACUGCAGCCGCAGCCGGCCCAUCACAUCGACACCGCCUCUUCUGCCCAAGUGCUCAGGUGAGUGAGCGCUGCGGUUCCACCGCUGCUCACCAUUAGACCACGCAGAACAUUUGAGGAAUCCAAAUCUCUGGCAAUCUUUUUUGGGGGGUUUUUGCCUGCAGCGAAUUUGACGAUUCUAUUUAUAGACUCAUGAUUGUGUUUCCUGUGAGAAAGCAUGAGUAAGGAACUCCUUUCCCUUGUGCGCAGAAGGCUGUCCAUAUACCUCCCAGACUGUUAACAAGGUUCGACUCGCUGUGAAGAGCGCCUUCACCUCCCUCUGAAAUCCCAGCUCUGAAUCAACGGCCUCAUGAUGGAAAACAUACUGGUGGAGGCUGGUGGCAGACAGCCACCGUGUGACGCUCUGAGUUAAUAGUUGAGGUGUUCAGAGACCCUUCAUCCAGCAGUUGGACAGGAUGACUGAGGGAAUGGAUGACUUCUCUGCAGGGCCAGCUCCCCCUUCUGGAUCGACCUCCCCCACCAGCUCUACUGUUGAUACUGGACAGGUCCCCAAGGAGAAACCAGAGGAGACAGAGGCAGCUGGUGAGAGUGGGGAGGAGGGCGCAGAGGGAACUGCAGAGGGAGGCGGUGGCGGUGAUGGGGAGCAUUUGGGGGCUUUGGGAAUUGUGGCCUUGCCAGGAACCUGCUGUGUGUGCAUAGAAAUGGAACAGAUUAACAAUUGCCUACACUCUGAGAAAAUCUGCAUUCUGCCCAUCCUGGCCUGUCUGCUUAGCUUAGCCCUCUGCACAGCUGGCCUCAAAUGGGUCUUUGUGGAUAAGAUCUUUGAGUACGAACCUCCCACACACUUAGAUCCUAAACGCAUCGGACAGGACCCAAUCAUCAUAUCAGUUGACCCCACACUGGGACUGACUGUGUCGAUUCCUCAUUCAUCUCCGUCUACAGUCUCCUUGACCACCACCAAUGCCAUUACUCCAGGACGUCCUGAUGUUUUAGUGGAAGAGAAAUCUACACGAGGGCCGUACGUGCCUCAGCCUCCACGAGUGACUCAGUCUGAUCCCUCUGUUACACUGAAACACAACGCUGAGCGCUCCACUGUCCCAAAGCAGACUCCUCACCCUCAGACAACACGGGAAUUAAACGACAUCAUGAUCCCAACAAUCUCUGCCACCAGCACCACCACUACAGCCAAGACCUCCAGUCAUGUGACGCGCUGCAGUGACAGCCAGAGGAACUACUGUGUUAAUGGAGGGGAGUGCUUCACCCUGGAGAUCAUGCCAGGCAGCACAAAGUUUCUCUGCAGGUGCUUGGCGGGAUUCACUGGGCACCGAUGUGAACAAGCUGUGCUUAAGAAAGUCUCAGACCCAAAACAAGCUGAGGAGCUGUAUCAGAAACGUAUUUUAACAAUAACAGGGAUCUGCAUUGCACUCCUAGUCGUUGGAAUCAUGUGUGUGGUUGCCUACUGCAAAACAAAGAAGCAGAGGAAGAAGCUCCAUGACCGCCUGAGGCAGAGCCUGAGGAAAAAGAGGAACAACAAUACCAACUCUGGCACUGGCCCCAAGCUGGCGAGCUCAGCCAGAGGACGUCAGAUAUCUAACCUGCCUCUUCAAGAUUUGCAGCUUAUCAAUCAAUGUAAUGGGACGAUUAUGCAGCAUGCAGCCGAGAAGGAGACAGAGACAACCUUCACCACAAGCAAAUAUGCCUUACCUGCGCAUGAAGCCACCACAUUCACACACAUCUCCAGCCAAAGGUUUGUAUCUGCCAUGACAACCCCGACUCGGCUGUCUGCGGUGUCCCAGACCUCUCUAGCAACUCCAGGGUCUCCUCCGUCAGAGAUGUCAGCCCCCCUGUCCAGCCUGGCCAUCUCUGUCCCCUCAGUGGCUCUAAGUCCCUCCGGCGAAGAGGAGCGCCCCCUGCUGUUGUUGAAAGCACGUCAGCCACACAAGUCCUCCAGCCGCGACGAGCAGAAGAGGACCUCCGCUCACUACAACCACGGCCAUGUGACACACAGCUUACCACCCAGCCCGUUGUUUACUAUGGAGAAUGGUAACUACCAAAUCAUAGGUGACCAUGACGCCACAGCUGCCAGCCACAUGUUCUCAGCAUCACCUGAGAAGCUACUGAAUGCAAACAACAACAUCGACUGCAGUACCAAGAGAGCAGGAGUCGCCAACGGCCAUUUGCCGCAUAAUGUGGAGUCCAGUGGUGACAGCCUGCUUGUGAGCGAACCAGAGGAGCCUCAGGGGGAACACACACCCUUCCUGACUACAGAGAGCACUGCAGCCCUGCUGCUCAGGGCUGUGUACAGCAGCAGGACUAACCCAGCACCACCCAACGAUGACCUGCAAGUCAAGUCAUCCACUUCCACCACCAAACAAGAUCCAGUCACUGUGUAAAGGAAAAGAAAUGGCUGAGAAACCUUUAUGUUGAGGGGGGAAACAAAGGAAUAGUCACUAUUAAACCUUUAUUUUCUAUAAAUUAUUUGCAGUGUAAAUGAAAAAUGAAACUUUUAUUUUAGCGAUGUAGUAAAUAAAGAGUUUUAUAAAAAGUGUACAAAUGUGUUCAUGUCUUGUAGGUAAAGUGCCAUACACUAGUAUGUAGCAACGACUCACAGUAUCCUUCAGUGCAGAGAAAAUAUCAGUGGGGCCUUUCUGUUUGGUAUGCUUAAGGGAACUGCAACAUUGCAUACUGGGCCAUAUAUUCACCAUCUUAACCUUCCAGUUAACAAUCAAAAAUAACUUGCUGGCUGCUUUCAAUGUCCUGCAGCUGGAAGUGCCCGCUGGCACGACAUUAGAUAUUCAAUUUAUGCGUUCAAGGUGCAUGCUACGUCCUUAAAUGCUGUGAUGGAAUAAUGAGCAGUUUCUGUGGCCUCACCAUUGAUUUGUACUGAUUAUGGGCUGUCUCACCGAGUUUUCUUUUCUGAAUUACAGUAUACAGAGCACCUGGACUGAUGUUAAUGAAUGAAUGAUUGCCUGCUCAUUACCUGCAUUUAAUGAGAGGCGGAGAAGACGUUAGAGGUCGUAAUGUUUUUGUUCAUCGCUGUCUGAUCCGGUGUCCUGCUGGUGAGCGAAUAUUAGAAACUGUUAGAUUAAGGUGCAAUCAGUAAAGUCUGGCUCUUUAGCGUUACUAAUUAUUACUAAUUAAAACAUAUAUGCUUAACAUAACCCCGUGGAUUUUUAAUUCAUUUUUCUAUAUUGGGAUUUGAUCUACAUAACUCGUUUGUCACUUCUAUGUUGCUUAUGUAGUGACAUAAAGUUUAGGGACUCACAAGGUAAAAAACAAAAAGAAUCGUCAGAAUUGAAUCUGAGGCCUGAAUACGCUGGAGUUAGGUUUCAUUUCUGUCCCUGCUGGCAGGUAUCCACAUCUUCACUGAGGACAAACUGACUCAGUCAAGGUGGUGCCACAAAAAACUACUAGCAUGAAGACCAGUGAUUUGCUCUUUCUUCAAUAGAACAAUCAAAUUGUUUGUGCCGUCCAUCACCAGUAUGAUAUUACUGAUUGCAUCUUUAAAUGCAAGAAUAUCUAAGUGUGUACAGAAUGGAAGACCGACCAUAUGCCUAAUUUUAUCCAUUUGUUCUUGAGUAAUGUAUUUUGGACAUUAAAGAAACUGUUAAAUUUGUGCAAAAUGGUUAACUGCUUUAAUUUGUUCAGUCACUUCUCUGGUAUCCCCCCGCCCCCAAAUUCGGCAUAAUAGACAAUUUCUUUUUUUUUGUCCAGCUAUCCUAGCUUAUGCAGUCUCAAUGUGUGUGAUUAAAAAAAGGUUUUGUUUGUUCAUGUCUGCUAAUAUGAAUAUAGCUGAUCAAAGUACCAAAGACUGUCGCUACUUCUAGACUGCAGUAUGAACAGAUUUAGGAAAAGCAAUCAAAGUAACUCUCAUUUGUCUCUGUAAUUAACCACAGUUUCUUGAAAUGUUUUUAGAAUAAGCAGACAGCCUUAUACAAGACAAAGUAUGAUGACGUGCUGCCCAUUAAUUAGCAUUUUAAUGGUGGUCAUUCUUCUGUAUUUCAUAUUUAUGUAAAGAUUGUUUAUUAUUUAUUUGGUGAUUCUUGCUACUUACAAGCAUCAAUUACUGUUAUAUAAUAUGUACAUUUAUAUUUUAACAAACAUUAUUUAAAAGAUGUAAAAUAUACAAAGCCACCUGUUCCACAUGGUUAUUAAUACUAAAAAGAAAAAAGUAUUUGCAUAUUUUGUCACUUGUAUGCUUGACAUAACUCACAAUGCUUUGCUUUUAGGUCUAGGAGUGUCUUCAACUGAUGUAAACACACCAUGGAAAUCUUCAGCGCUGUUGUUUCUUAUUAAAUAUGAAAUCUGUUUUGUGUCAAAAUAUUUCUGGUGACAAACAUUCAUGAAAUUCAUCUUGUGACAGAACAGAAUUUGAUUGUUUCACAUUUGAUCAUAUGAGCUAAAAUUGUAAAGUAUUAGAGUAUUACGUGAAAAAAGGAGUUUAAACCUACUGCUAUUAUAAUAGC